AUGUUGAGUAUAUCACAACCACAUUUCGCGGAUAGUUCUUCGCCAUCUCAACAAGUCAAAUCACCAAUUAACGUUACAUUGACAUUCCCAGCCACCGUCACAUCUGUAACAUCAUUACCAGGCAAACCACUAUUCGCAUCUUCAACGUCCAUACCGACCACUACCAUUUUCACUGCCAUAACCACCAACGCCGCAAUUACAAUCACAAACUCUUCACAAACUCUUCUACCAUGGCCCACCACGAACAUUCUAAUAACUACACAAUCUACUAUCUCUCAAGCAUUUACUACCGUCUAUCACAUAUUAUCUCAGGCCUCAACAAAAUCAUCAAAUGAUCCAAAUCACGAAUUCAAAUCACGAAUCCAAACACGUACACGGUUAUCAUUAUCAAAUAGCUUAUGUAUACAGCCAAAUGAUCAUUCCUAUUCGAAUAAGGACCAAUCAAUUUACACAACUAUCAAUACAUCAACAAUACCAUUAACGCCAGAAAAUGAUCUGGAUAUAGGCUCAGCAAAUGUAAAAAGUUGUCAAACCGAUUACAUUAAUCCAUCUGAAUAUGGUCCAUUUGAAUGGUUACACCGUGUUCCACAUUUACAUGACCCUAUCCCAUAUUAUCAAAUGUCCGUUAUUGAAAAAUCAACUAUUAAUCCCAACAUCGAAAAUCGUCAUUUCUAA